AUGGCAGGCUCUGAGCUUUCGCAAGAAACUAGUAGGGUUGAGGCCUCUAUUGCCGGCCCUAUUGCCGGCCCCAUUCUCGUCGAAUUCCAGCCUGGCGACCCAGACAACCCACUCAACUUCUCGGCAGUAAAGAAGUGGCUCAUUACGACUCUUGUCACCACGUCCGUCUUCGCAGUCACCCUCACGUCGGCUGCUUACUCGGCCUCCUCGGAGCAGAUCCUCGGCGAGUUUCACUCCAGCAAAGAAAUAUUUGCCCUCGGCAUCGCCCUCUUCGUCCUCGGAUUUGCCGUCGGGCCGCCAGUCUGGGCACCAAUUUCCGAGCUAUACGGUCGCAGGAUACUUUUUGUUGCCAGCCAUGCGCUCGUUGUGGCUUUUGUGGCUGCGACGGCCGGAUGCAACAACAUGCCGUCUCUGCUGGUGUUCCGAUUGCUGGCCGGCAUAUUCGGCGCGAGCCCGCUGACAAACUCUGGAAGCGUCAUUGCGGAUUUGUUCCCCCAUUCCGAGCGCGGUCUGGCCAUGGCCGUCUUUGCUGCAGCCCCCUUCAUGGGGCCGAUGCUAGGGCCGGUCAUGGGUGGCUUUGUCACAAUCUCGAUUGGUUGGCGAUGGCUUCAGGGCAUCUGCUGCAUCUUUAUCGCCGUUGUAUGGAUUUUUGGUGUUUUUUUCUUACCAGAGACAUAUGCACCGGUUCUAUUGUCAAGAAAGGCACGCAAGCUCAGCCGUGAGACGGGCACUUCCCACACCACCAUCUACGAAACCGAAAAGGCGGCUCCGUCCAAGAUACUCGCCACGGCAUUUAAGCGACCCUGGGUCCUUCUCUUCAUGGAACCUAUCGUGCUUAUUGCCUCGACUUACAUGGCUAUUCUAUACGGCACCAUCUACAUGUUCAUGGGCGCAUUCCCCAUCGUCUACGAGUCCAAGCGAGGCUGGAACCAGGGUAUCGGCGGUCUAGCGUUCUUGGGAUUGACAGUGGGCAUGCUGAUUGGUCUCGCCUACACCAUUGUCGACAACAAUGUGCGAUACAACAAGCUGGGCAAAAACGCCACCCCCGAAUCUCGGCUGCCCCCGGCCAACAUUGGAGCAAUCGCGCUGCCUGUUGGCAUGUUCGCCUUUGCCUGGACCAAUUCGCCCAGCGUGCACUGGUCGGCCAGCAUCAUUCUGUCUGCUCCAUUCGGUUUCGGCUGUGUCUUGGUCUUUUUAUCGUGUCUCAACUACCUGGUCGACUCUUACACCAUCUAUGCGGCCUCUGUCCUUGCGGCAGGAGCCAUGCUGCGUUCGUUCUUUGGUGCCGCGUUUCCGCUUUUCGUUUCACAAAUGUACCAAAAUCUUGGCAUUCACUGGGCAAGUUCGAUUCCUGCGUUUCUGACUCUGGCGUGCGUUCCGUUUCCUUUUCUCAUGUACAGGUACGGAGCCGGGCUGAGGAUGAAGUGCAAGUACGCACAAGAGUCUGCCUCGUUGAUGGCCAAGGCGCAGGCUGAGACCGAGAGUUGA